AUGGAUUCAACCAAAGAACAGAAGAAGAAUGUGCGACUCGCGCGGGUGCGUGAAAACCAGCGCAAGAGUCGAGCCCGGAAGCAGGAGUACGUGAAUGAGUUAGAGCAGCGUCUUGCGGUGUGUAAAGAACAAGCCCGCCAAAAAGACAUCGAGCACCGACUAGCAACGCAAAACGUCGAAGCUGAAAAUCGGCAUUUGAGAGCUCUUUUGGGAUCGCUGGGAGUUUCGAGUGCUUAUGUCCAGCAGUAUCUGCAGGAAGCGGAUACGGGAGUAAACACCAACCGGAAGGUUGCUAUCCCCGCCAUUCAGCGAGUAGAGAGAGAUAAUCCUCUGUCUCUAUCGCUUCGUGAUACUCGCGGAUCAAAUUUCUCGAUGGCAGUACCUCGCGUUUACAAAGAGGAAUCAAAGACGACUGAACUACCAAGUACGUGUGCUUUGACAGUGGUGCAGCGAACAGAUCAGCCGUCGAAGCAAAACCCACAAGAAAAAGAUCCGGCUUUGUGUGGAUGCCGGUCCGAGAGACAGAAUCCGGAAACGGUAUCUGACGAAGAUGUGCUCAAUUCAACGCUGUGUGCCAUUGCAGAAGAAAUGAUCAAUCAAUACAACACCAAAGGAAUUGAUGUCGAUGAGAUCCGACGAAGAAUUUGGUCUGGGUUCCGAGCAGGUGCAAAUGGCACAGGCUGCAGAGUUCAAAAUCACAUUCUGUUCCAAGUGCUAGACGAUAUCAGCAGUGAUGUCUGA